AUGCGGUCAAGAAACUCAGUCAAAUACUUGAUAACCAUCAGUAUCUUGUUAUGCAUAGUUCUACUAGGCUUACACAAAGAAAUUACAAAAUUAUAUGGUACAGAAUCUAUUCCAUCAUUAUUAAACAUAAAAAAAUCAUCAUCUUUUAUUUGUCCUUUUCGUGGAGACCGUUGGAUUGUAGUUACAUCUAUUCUUUAUCCAACAGUGGCUAUUCAUAAAUUUCUUAAUUUGACUACUAAAUGGAAUUUGAUUGUUAUCGGUGAUCGAAAGACUCCACAUGAUUGGCUUUCACAUUUACAUAGCGAUCGAUCUCGUGUGAUAUUCUUGUCUAUUGAAGAACAAUUAUCUCUUGAUUAUUCUAUUAUUAAAUAUUUACCGGAGAACUCAUAUACGAGGAAGAAUAUUGGUUAUUUAGUGGCUAUCGCUUGUGGAGCUAAAAUAAUCUUCGAAUCAGAUGAUGAUAAUAUUUUAUUGACAGACGAUAUUCAUGUUCUACCGAAAGUAGUUAAACCAGAUGAUGUACCUUGGGUAGCGUUUCAUCGACAACGAUCACCUUUUGUUAACAUUUAUGGAUCUUUUGGUCAUCCAAAGAUAUGCCCCAGAGGAUUUCCUAUGGAUGAAUUAAGAAAUGUUACUGAAGACGGAUGGCAUUCGGUAAGACGAAAUAAGGACAAGAUAACCUAUGCUUACAUACAACAAUAUUUAGCUGAUCUUGAUCCUGAUGUCGAUGCAAUAUAUCGACUAUCUAAUCCAUUUUCAAUUGGUCAAAUUAAAUUCGAUCCAAAUGAACCACCAGUUGCUAUUGAACCUUUUACAUUCUCACCAUAUAAUACUCAAAAUACGAUAAUACAUUAUGAAGCUUUUUGGGGACUUUUUUUACCUGUGACAAUAACAUUCCGUGUAUGUGAUAUUUGGCGAAGUUUUUGGGUUCAACGUCUUUUGUGGGAAAUCGAUGGUCGUCUCGUCUUCAGUACAUCGACAGUAAAACAGGUGAGAAAUGCUCAUUCUUAUAUCAAAGAUAUGGAAAAAGAACAACAAUUAUACAAUCAAUCAGGCUCGUUUGUUCGUUUUCUUGCUUCUUGGUCUUCAUCUUUCUCAUCUCUUCCCAAAAAAAUCGCUCAGCUAGCAAGAGAUAUUGCUCAAUCUGGUUUUUGGCAUCAAAACGAAGUUAAGAUUAUUGACGCAUGGCUUGCUGAUCUUCAUUCAGUGGGGUACACUUUUCCAUCGAUUAUUUCUCGUCCACCACCACGUACCACUAUUCAGAAACGAGCAGCCAUAUGUGUUACUGGUCUUACUGAAUGCAUUGAAGAAGCGUGGGCACCCACUGAUAUUGCGAUUCGACAGCGCCUUCUUGGUGAUAUCGAUACAUUUAUCUUUCUUUCUUCGUCUCUUGCCAAAGGUCCUGUCCCUAUAGACACUCGAUUAAAACAAGUACGCUCAUAUCCGAACUCAACAGUUACUGUGAUUUACGAAGAUAGAGUUAUUGAUCCUAAAAUACCAGCUGAUUGUCAUCCUGAAUUUCAAUUAGCGGGCGGAGCACCCAUUCCUGUUGUCGGUUAUUUUCAACAAUUAUGGGCCCUUGCAGAAUGUUAUGAUCUGGUGAAAGAUUAUGGAAAACGCUUCAACAUUGAAUAUCAAUUGCUUAUUCGUGCUCGUAUAGAUACACUUAUUCGAUUACCAUCAACCCUCGAUCGAAAUGAUCCUUUCAAUGUUAAUACAACAGUUCUUAUACCACCUAAUCGCUAUUAUCCCAAUUUACACGAUGACGGUUUUGCUAUUGGUCCAAUGAAAUUAAUGUAUUAUUUCAUGACAAGAUGGUAUACUCUUCGUAAUUGUCCUCCAGAUAUAGACUAUCAACCAGGUAAAUAUUUAAAGAAACAUCUCAGUCGUUUCAUGAAUGUAACAGUUGAUAAAGAUAUGACUGGUGCUGCUGAUGCUAUUCAACAUGGACCAAACAAGUGUCAUUAA